AUGUUGUCUUCCAUCCGCAACGCGCUGGCUGCAUCAUUCUUCAAGCAGCCUGCCAACGCCGUCCCAGCCCAGAAGAUCCUCCGAGCGGCGGCUCCGGCCGUCACGGCUGCCCGCUCCUUCUCGACCACGCCGGCUCAGAACAAGAAAGGAGUCACCCUCCUUCAGGAUAAGGACGACGGAUUUGGCUUUGCGCGCUCGAAUCCCCGGCCUGCGAAGCCGAGGAGUAAGGGAGUCACGGAAAUUAGGGGGCCAUAUUACACGGUCAUGGGAAAGCGGUACCUAUCGGAUGUUCUGGAAACGAUGGGCACGCAUGUGGACGGUCUUAAAUUCGCGGGAGGCAAGUCUAGAAUCCAUCAGGGCGGCUGGGCCGAGCACCUGCUCACGCACGCAGACGUCGGGUCGGUUUUUGACAAAUAUCUGAAGAAAUGCAAGGAUCUUGGCUUCGACGUCAUCGAGGUAUCGUCCGGCUUCCUCUCGAUCCCGGGCGAUGACUGGCUGCGGCUCGUCGACAAGGUACACGCGUACGGGCUCAAGGCGAAGCCCGAGCUGGGCAUCCAAUUCGGUGCCGGAGGCGACACCGCGGCGAGCGACCUGGAAGCCAUCGGUACCUCUGACCCAGGCAAGCUGAUCAACAUGGGCAAGAAGUUCCUCAACGCGGGCGUCGAGCGCCUGAUGAUCGAAUCCGAGGGGAUCACGGAGAACGUGAAGUCGUGGCGAACCGACGUGGUGAGCACGAUCAUGAAGGAGCUGCCCCCGGAGAAGGUCAUGUUCGAGGCGGCCGACCCCAAAGUGUACAACUGGUACAUCCGCGAGUUCGGGGUCGACGUCAACCUCUUUGUCGACCACUCGCAGAUUGUGCAGCUGAGCUGUCUGCGCCACGGCAUUUGGGGGAUGGCGGAUACGUUUGGCAAGGUGGUUUCAUUCCGACCGGAGUGA